AUGGAAAGCAUGGAUGUCGCGCAAGAGAGCACUUCUACAGCAUCUACACCAGCAACUGAAAAUGGACCAGAUAAAACUGUGACAGCAGAAGAGAUGACCUCACGGGACUAUUAUUUUGACUCUUACGCACAUUUUGGCAUUCACGAGGAGAUGCUAAAAGAUGAAGUGCGCACCCUCACAUAUAGAAACGCUAUGUACCAUAAUAGACAUCUAUUCAAAGGGAAAACAGUUUUAGAUAUUGGCUGUGGCACAGGCAUUCUGUCAAUGUUUGCAGCUAAGGCAGGUGCAGCUAAAGUUAUAGCAGUUGAAUGCUCCAACAUAGUUGACUAUGCUCGGAAGAUUGUAGAAGCCAAUAGACUUGAUGAUAUUAUAGAAAUUGUCAAGGGAAAAGUUGAAGAAGUAGAAUUGCCUGUAGAAAAAGUUGAUAUAAUAAUAUCUGAAUGGAUGGGUUAUUGCCUCUUCUAUGAGAGCAUGUUGGAUACUGUGCUGUAUGCACGGGAUAAGUGGCUUAAAGAUGACGGCAUGCUGUUCCCAGAUAGAUGCACACUUUUCAUAUGUGGAAUUGAGGACCGUCAGUACAAGGAUGAGAAGAUUAACUGGUGGGACGAUGUGUAUGGUUUUGACAUGUCGUCGAUCAGGAAAGUGGCCAUAUCAGAGCCUCUUGUGGAUGUUGUGGAUGCUAAACAGGUGGUCACAAACUCUUGCCUUUUGAAGGAAAUAGAUUUAUAUACAGUUAAGAAAGAAGAUCUGAACUUUGAAUCAAAGUUCCAUCUUCAGGUGCGUCGCAACGACUUCAUCCAAGCGCUAGUGACGUUCUUCAACGUGGAGUUCACGAAGUCGCACAAGCGGCUCGGCUUCAGCACCGCGCCCGAGGCGCCAUACACGCACUGGAAACAGACGGUCUUCUACUUCGACGAGUAUAUGACGGUUAAAAAGGGCGAAGAAAUAACAGGCACGUUUUCGAUGCGACAGAACGCGCGUAACAACCGCGACCUCGACUUCGAAGUGGAGAUAUCUUUCAAAGGUGAACUUUGUCAGGUGCAAGAGAAGAACCACUACCGAAUGCGU